GUGGAGCUGCGGGGUCGCGCACGGCUCCGUCUCCGUCUCGCUGAUCUCCCAACAUCUGACACAAGUGGGAUCUCUCUGCGUUCGCCCUCUGACAGGAUCGGUAAUAGCGGUUGAUAAAUCGCUCCAAACUUUUCUCUCUCUCUCCCUCUCUUUUGCUCUCUCUUUUUUUUCUGGGGCGCUGUGUGAGUGUGCGCAUGUGCAAAGGUGUCCAAACUGACAAUGCUGGAGAGAUAGCGCGCCUGGAUUGAGAAUCAAGACAGAAGAAGAAGUAAAAGAAAGCAAAAAAAAAAACCAGUAAAUUAAAAAGAAGGAAAGAGCAAAGAGGACAGAGAGCAAGAACCCGACGCGGUGAAGCCGUGCAGGCAGCAUGAGGUCCAAAAGCAGAGCGAGGAAGCUGACCACGGGUGAUGAAGGUGACUUCCCACUUUUCCCCUCUAACGUCCUGGAGGAAGCUGAGAGAGUGUCCGACGGAGACCCAUUCCCAUUAAUCACCUCUAACAACAGUGUCCACUCAUCGAGUGUAUUAUGUGAAAGAAGCUCUCCAGUGGACUCUUCUUGCUUCAAGACCUCCUUCCACACACCCGUGUACCUGGAUGAUGAGGAGGAUGCGCUGUCUCCGCCAUCAGACUUUGAGCUGCGUGAGUCCGGCAUCUCAGCUGGCGGCCUGGGCGUCUGGAGCAAGAGGAGGCUCGAGGUCGGAGAGGAAUUCGGACCUUUUGAGGGAAGUCUUCGCCAACAGGGCUGGGAGAAGCCUGGACUCGAUGGCCGUGUGUGUGAAAGCACAAGCUGGCUAAGACACGUCCAGAUAUCGCCGUCUCCCCACCACUACAACCUCACAGCUUUCCCGAUACAUGACCAGAUAUUCUACCGUGUGGUGCGCAAAGUUUCUCCGGGUGAAGAACUUGUACUGUUCAUGAAGGCUGAAGAGUUUUCAUGUGAAGCCAUGGCUCCAGAUAUACAUGAGGAGCGUCAGUUCCGCUGCGAGGACUGCGAGCAGCUUUUCCCAUCAGGCUCAGAGCUGCUGGAGCAUCAGAACCACUCGUGUUCCAACCGGCCCUCGUCCGGCUUCACGCUGCCCGCGCAGGCCAUCCCGAGUGCCACCGACGAGUGUAAAGAAUGCGAGAGAGUCUUUCCGGACAGCCAGAGUCUGGAGGCGCACUCUCUGUCCCACUCAGAAGAGAGGGAGUACAAAUGUGACCAAUGCCCGAAGGCCUUCAACUGGAAGUCCAACCUGAUUCGCCACCAGAUGUCACAUGACAGCGGCAAGCACUACGAAUGUGAAAACUGCUCCAAGCAGGUGUUUACAGACCCAAGCAACUUGCAGAGGCACAUCCGCUCGCAGCACGUUGGUGCACGGGCACACGCCUGCCCCGACUGCGGCAAAACCUUCGCCACGUCGUCCGGUCUCAAGCAGCACAAACACAUCCACUCAUCCGUCAAGCCCUUCAUGUGUAAGUCUCUCACCCCCUUCAUAUGUGAGGUGUGCCACAAGUCCUACACCCAGUUCUCGAACCUGUGCAGGCACAAGCGCAUGCAUGCAGACUGUCGGACACAGAUCAAGUGCAAAGAUUGUGGCCAGAUGUUUAGCACCACUUCCUCUCUUAACAAACACCGUCGCUUCUGCGAAGGCAAAAACCAUUUUGCUGCUGCCGCAGGAGGGCUCUUUGGCCCUGGUAUGGCUCUUCCUGGCACCCCUGGAAUUGACAAGGCAGCUCUAGGAUUGGGGCCAGGCUCUGCUGGUUUGGCAGAUUAUUUUGGUCCAAACCGUCACCAUGGUGGACUAACAUUUCCAGCAGCCCCGGCAGCUUUCCCCUUCAGUUUUCCAGGACUCUUCCCAUCUGGACUCUACCACCGGCCACCCCUCAUUCCUGCCACAACUCCCUUAAAAAGCCCACCAGCCCUGGAAUUUCAGAAGAGUCCACCAUUAUCCUCACCUGUGCCUGGAAUUCAAGAGACCCAGGACCUCCUGAUGAGCCUCCGAAAGCAUUCAAUCAAUGGGGAAGGAAGAGAAAAUGGGCCAGAGCAUCUGAUAGAAGGCUCUGCCAGCAAGACGAGACACAGCAUCAAGACAAGUGACCAUUCGGAGAGCAGUGAUUUGGAUGAUGUUAGCACACCUAGUGGAAGCGAACUAGAGAGUACUUCCGGUUCAGAACUGGACAGUGAUCCUGAAAGUGACCGGGAUCGAGAAAGGGAUCGGGAAAAUGGAAAAGGACCAAAGAGAAGAUCCAGUAGUCCUACCACAGGGCAAAGCCCCGCCCAUGGCAGUUCCAGCAAUGGCAGUGUUGGCAAAAUCAAUGGAACUGAUGUGCCUGCACAAGGGCUUUUGUCUCCCACUUUGGAUGAGCGCACUGCUGUUUCUGGGGCCGUCAAUGAUUCCAUCAAAGCCAUUGCAUCUAUUGCAGAGAAAUACUUUGGCUCCACAGGACUGGCAGGACUACAUAAUAAGAAAGGGGACCCACUAGGAUACCCUGCCAUGUUUCCUCUCCCCUUCUUUCCUGCUUUUUCUCCCCCAGUCUAUCCCUUUCAUGAGAGGGAACAUCUUCAACCUCGAGGCCAGAAAGAAGAGCCAAAGAGCCCAUCACAAGAAAGCAAGAAACCACAAGGCAGUACUGCUGAAUCUCCUUUCGACCUCACCACCAAGCGCAAAGAGGAGUGCUUGGCGCAGACUUUCGCCACCUCAAAGCUGGAGGUACCACGUAUGCUCUCAGCCAAUCAGGACCAGCCACUGGACCUGAGUUUGGGUGGGCGGAGCAGGAGCUCACGCCAUAGAUCAGCAGAUUCGCGGAAGAACCACAUAAUUGCAGAAGACCGAGUUGAGACAAAGCCACCAAAAUCAGACUCCACCAUCCAGCAUGCAAGACCCACCCCAUUCUUUAUGGACCCGAUCUACAGCAGGGUUGAGAAGAGAAAAGCGACGGAUCCGUUCGAGGCGCUGAAAGAAAAGUAUAUGCGUCCAACACCAGGCUUUCUCUUCCACCCACAGCUUCGCAUGCCUGAUCAGAGAACCUGGAUGUCAGCGAUAGAAAACAUGGCGGAGAAGUUGGAAGCGUUCGGGCCGUUGAAGUCAGACGCCGGGGACAUCAUGCGCUCGGUUCCCUCCAUGUUCGAUUUCCGAGCUCCGGCCACGACGCUGCCCGAAGCCCUGCUGCAUAAGGGCAAGGAACGCUACACGUGCAGAUACUGCGGCAAAAUAUUCCCACGCUCAGCUAACCUCACACGGCAUCUCAGAACACACACAGGGGAGCAGCCUUAUAGGUGUAAGUAUUGCGAUCGUUCGUUCAGUAUCUCAUCAAAUCUGCAACGCCACAUCAGGAACAUCCACAACAAAGAGAAGCCCUUUAAAUGCCACCUGUGUGACCGCUGCUUUGGCCAACAGACCAACCUGGACCGGCACCUCAAGAAACAUGAGAACGGUAAUCUGUCAGGCACAGCAAUGUCGUCGCCACAGUCGGAGCUGGACAGCAGCAGCGCCAUUCUGGAUGACAAAGAGGACUCGUACUUCAACGAGAUUCGCAAUUUCAUCAGCAGCAGCGGCCAGAGCGCCGGCUCACCUCCACACUCCGACGAAGGUCUAAACAACGGCCCUUUCGAGGACGACAAACCCGUCGCCGAUCCGAGGUCACAUGACCUGGAUGAAGAGGAAGGGGAGGAGCCUGAUGUAGAGGAAGAGGAAGCCGAGCUUUGCAACACCAACAAACCUGCCAACCAAGCGGCGUCCGGCAACCUGGCCGACGACCUCGCGAGUGACAUCAACAACGACGAGCUGGACUACGACGGCGCUGGACUCCUGGACUGCAAAUCUUCACCACAGAGGUUUGACGAGGAGGACGAGGACGAAGAGCACGGCGGAGUCUCCGCGCUGGAUCACAUCCGCCACUUCGCUGCCGACGAGGCGGAACUCAGUGAUGGUGAUGUCACUGGAUUUGACUCCGCCCACCUUGCCGAGGCUGUGAAGCAGCCCCUGUUCAGGAAGUCCAAGUCGCAGGCUUAUGCCAUGAUGCUGUCUCUGGCAGAUAAGGACCCUCUCGCCCCCUCGUCCCACGCCGCCUCGGUGUGGCACACGCUCGGACGUGCCACCGAGUCCAACGCCAUCCAGUCCCUCAGUCACGUAUGAUGCCCUCCACGCUCCACGUCUGACCUCUGUGACCUCCUUACCCCAAAUACAGGCACUCGGACCGAACUGAUCACGCACAGCCCAUGCAUACUGCUGAGAAGGGUGCUUUGUUCUUCGGAAUUCACUAAUGUCAGGGUCCUUGGAGUGCACACACACACACACACACACACACACACACACACACACACACACACUACACAGUAUUCAGUAACACUAGCCAUUACAUAAUCUGGAGCAUUACACAUUAUCCAUUUAAUGAUUGUUUAAUGAUGGUGAUUUACGACAUAAGACAAAUAUCUCAAUGAUGAUGAUGAUGAUGAUGAGUCGUGCAGAUAGUAGUAAUAAAAAUAGUAUUUAUUCUGUCCAUGUUUUGCACAGCAACGGCAGCUCGUGAACAGGGGGAAAGGUUGAUUAAAGUCUAACACUAUGAUUUAACGAUAUCGCGAUAUCUUUUUUCCAUUGCGUCACUAAAGGGGCCACUGAGAGUCUUCCAUAUUAAAAAAAGAAAUAAGGCAAACUUUCAUUACACACACACACAAAGACACACACACACACUUACGAUAUUGACUGGCAUUUAAAUUAAAUGGAAUAUGUUUAUACAUUUUGCAAAAUCCAAUCAAAACAGGUCACAUGGAGGACAAUUUUCCUCUGCCAAAAUUAAAUACAUUCAUAAAGUUACACAAAAGCUGCGAGGAGAACGGUGGGUCUGAUGACUGUUGUCUGGUUCUGUCAAUAAAAGCACUGCAUCUUUAACCUUGACUCCGCCCAGUCUCUCUGCGCUGUCCAAUGACAGCUGAGACGUGUUUAAAAGAUUUUUUUUUUUCCCCUUUGGAGAGAGGUUGUAAAAAAUAAUUUUGUUUGUUUUUCUAAACAGAGAAAACCUGUAAAAAAAAAAAAAUACUGACGUUUGUAGAAGGAGCUUCUACCGUAGUGUUGUUCUUCAACAGACCGACGUUACCACUACGCAGCCUGCGUGCUAGUAGCUAGCUGUUCCAUUCACGUCUGUUUCAUUUCUAGACAAUCAUGCGGUCAUUGUUUGUUUCAUGAGGUUUUCUGGGUUUUUUGUUUUGUGUUUUAUUUUUUUUUGUCUUACAGUUUCAUUUUGUUGACGUUAUUGCUGUGUAUGUUGAAAAGUGUAUUUAUUUCCAUAGUUUGUUUACUGAAUAGCACUGCUCUUCAGCUCCCUCUUGUGGCGAAGCUGGAGAACACAAGUUAUGUCUGCGUGCCAGAUAGUAUUAAACCUUCAUCACGUCUUAUACUUCUAAUGUCUAUAAUAUAGUUAUUACUUUUAGGUUGUUGUUUUUUUUGUUUUUUUUUGGAUGACACAUUUAUUAAUUCAAGUGUAAAAUAUAUAUAAAAAAAAAUACAGAGCAUAAAAAUCAAAGAUAUUUCUUCAUAAAAAAAAAUCAACGCAUGACUGGUCUGGCUUAGAAUUGUAACAUUUUUUUCUACAGUUGUGCAAGCUUGUGUGAUGUUUGGGUCCCUAUUGAGUCGUCGUGCCAAGCAAAAAAGUAUAAAAAAAAAAUUAAAGGAAUAAAAAAGAAAGAAAAAAAAACAGACUUUAUUUGUUUGUCUGGACAUGUUGAAGGACCAGAUCUUUUUUGUUUUGUCGGUUUGUUUGUUGUCGUUGUUUAUAAUUCCAUUUUUAAAUGUAACUGGCAAGUCGAGGUACUUUUGUUCUUAUGCUUUCUACGAUGUAACUGUAAUGCAUUUCAACUGAGUAAUGUGGGAGGAGCAACUAAGAAAUAAAGGACUCCAAUGUAGACUUGUGCA